GUUAGUAAGUGAAUGCACAGCUGAGUGUAAAGCAAACUCAAUUAUCAUGCUGAAAUUAUUGCUUGUUUUGAAAGUUUAACUGCCUCAUUUACUAAUGGCAUCGUCGAAGCUUCCCGUUACAAGUAGACUGUUACUACAGAAUGGCUAAAAGAGGUUUUACUCCAAGCGCUUUUGCGUUGCCUGGUUUAUCGAAGGACUCGAACAAGCCGUUUGGAUUUUCUGUGGUGAGAGAAGAUCAUGGCUCUCGUUCCAUUGCUAACGUGAAUCGAGUUAGUGCAAAAGACAACUUGGAGGAAUCUUCAAGUUUAGUUGAUGAGUUAGGAUCACUUUUGCCACCACAGACAGAAUACACGCUCGAAAAUUUGACAAAAACAAGGCCUCGCAGUCCAAGACGAAGAUCACCUUCACCCUUGGCGCGAAGAAAAGAACUCGAAAACAACUCCAACUUUUCUUUUGAUGUAAAUAGUCCUCAAACUUCGAUUAAAGACCAUGAGGCUUUCUCAGAUGAGCGUGUAAACGUGUUAAACGAAAAACCAAACCUUCCAUCAGCGCUCAUUCUUUCCAACGAUGUAGGAUUAUCGAUUUCGAGUAGAGAACUCUCUCAAUCAAGAUCUUCACCGCGACUUAGUGAUAAGCCGCGAACAAAUCGUCCCAAAGUGGCUCCGAAACCUGAAAGAAACAAAAAUUACGAAAAUGGAGAGCUCUUGACCGAAAGAACAGAUCUUAACGUAGUUAGUGUGGUAGAUGACCCCAAAAUCCGGUUGGUGGAUGAGGAUCAUCACAGAGGUGACAACGAUCCACCUCCUCUUCCUACAUCACCCCCGCCGUUAGAGGACGACGAGAUUUUGGGCUCUUUAGCUUACGACACGCUAAACGUAGAAACAAAGCGAUCAUUUCCAAUAAGUGGGUUUGAAAAAACGCAGUCAAUUGACAGAACAACUGGCAAAUUGUCAGCAAAGUUGGUGGAUAAUCCCCUUAAAAAUGAAAUUGAAGACAAUGUAUUGAAUAAUAGUAAGCAGUUAAGAUCUGAUACAGCCAGCAGUAAUAACAGUCCUUCUUCAAGGAUAGCAAAAUGGCAGGGCUAUGGAAGGACUUCUAGUGAAGAUAACUAUAUUUUACCAAAGAUUGGAGCUGGCUUUCCAAACAGACAGACCCCCUUAGAUUCUGCCAUUGCUUCACGACUGUCCAAAUAUGAGACGCCCUAUAGUUCCAGACAGCGAAAACCUGUUGAAAAGACCUUGUCGGCAAACCGUCGACGAUUCAAACCAGUCACAUUAACAGACGAGGACGAGACGACAAAUUCUGAGAACAUUAAAGAAAAUAUUGACUCUUUAGUUAAUGCCGAAAAAAAAACCAAUCAGCCAAUGUCAGUUGGUUUGCAUGGUAUGAAAACUGAAAAAAACGUCACCAAUUCUUUACCAAGGAAUUUCAGGGAUGGAAUUAGUGCUAUAAGCCAGCCUCUGAGUUCAUCUGGGAGUAAUAGACAAUAUAAUUUUCAAGGUAAUAGUUUUGUGCAAGGAGAAAAAGCAAAAUUAGAUCUUGAUGGCUUAGAAAAGCAAUCAGUUACUGAUAAAAAUACUUAUGAUGAGAAUUCUAGCCAGAAAUCAUGGUCAUCAGACUCAUAUGGUGCAAGCAGGACUGCACAUCAAGAACCUGAUGUGGUUGUUGAAUAUGACAGCCGUAAUGAUGGCCUAGAAAAGUUUGAUGACAGCAGUGGUAAGGGAACAGUGCCAUCUGUUGGAUCAAAAAUUAGAACUUCAAAUGUAAAUGAUCCUAAUGAAUUCAAAAUUGAAAGUAAUAUCAAUGAGAAUGAGGUGAGCAGGAGUGAUAACAAUGACAGAAAUAGAACAGAAAAAGAACAUGGAAGUUCAGGAAUGACAUUGCCAAAAGUUGUCAUUGAAUAUGAUGGGGAAGUUGUCAAUGAGCCUUCAAUUGAUGGAUAUGACUCUGAGGAAACUUCUGAUGAAGGUAAAAACCUGGUGUCAUCUUCUUUCAGUCAACUUGAGGACUUGGAUGAUUUACAUUAUUCAGAUAACAUGUCUGAUGGCUCUGUUAGUCUUUAUGCUGAUGAAGAUGACAUAGGAAUCUUGGAUUAUACAGAUGAUGAUGAUGAAUUAGAUGUAACGUUGAGGGAUGAAGACCUCACUUUUGACAAUCCUGUGAGAGAAGAAGCAGAGGAAACUAGAGUACUCAGAGGCUCUGAACUGGAUGAUGAUGGCCUAAUGGAUCCACCAUUGCAAAUCAUGACAGAGACAUCAGAGUCAGAGGGAAGCGAUGAAAUUUUGUUUGAGCCUCCUCCAAUGUUUGCCAGCUCUGAUGAGGCAGAGGUAAAAGAAGAAGUAGAGGAUUCAGAUGUGUUUGAGAAUGGAUAUGAAGGCGAUUUGCCAUCCCCUGUUAUUCCCUCCUCUCUAUUAGAGGUACAGCCACAAGAAGAUAAAAGAUUUCACAACCUUGCUUUAGAGGUGUGGACGGAAGAUGAUUGUGUGGACUGGUUAGAUUUCAUUGGUUUGGGACAUUUUGCAACAGAGUUCAGAGAGCAUCAUGUGGAUGGAAGAGUCUUAAAAAACAUCAAUUUCCAGUUACUUGAGGAGAUUGGCAUUAAUUCUCCUGAUGAGCGUGAAGUUAUCCUCUCUGAGAUAUACAGACGUUUCCACCCUGAAGAAGAGGACAUGUUUGAAAUGGAGAUUCAAGGUGCUCUGCAGUCUGCCUCUGAGAAAGAGAAGAUGAAAAUUAUGGCAGUCCUUAAUGCUUUACGAUCUCCAGCAUUCCAAGCAGAACUUGGACUGGACACUUCCACAGGUUCUUCUUCACCUCACGGAAGUGAAGCAGGUUUUUAUAUGGGAGCAGAAACUGGGUCAAUAUCCAGUGGUGUCACAACAGGCAGUGAAGAUCAUUCUCAGGAUAUCAACAUGCCUCCUCCACCGCCUCCACCCUCAUGGUCACAAACAGCAAAGAAAACAAAAAGCUUGGGUAGAGAACUUGAUGACUAUGAAAUAAUACCUAGGGGCGGGAAAUCAAAGAAGCCUGGAAAGACCUCUAAAGACAAGGACAAGUCAGGAGAAAAAAGUUCAAAAAGUGAGAAGCAUGGACGGAAGGAAAAGAAACACAAAAGGGUGACAAGACUUCUGGACAGCUUAUCUCUGAGCACAAGUUCGUCCAAGCUGACCAAGCUCUUCCACCACUCAUCCUCGUCUUCCUCAUCAGCGACAAAGAAACUCAAUCCCACAAUGCAGUAUCUUCUGCAGGCUGGUCCCCAGGGAUUGAUUCGAAUAUGGCCGACAGCUCUCUCUGAGGAGAUGAAUUAUUGCAGUUUCAUGGUCAACAUGACAACUACAAGUGCUGAGAUUAUCAAACUUGUCUUUGAGAAAUACGAGUUAGUGGACGAUCCACGGAGGUAUUAUGUUUGUGAAAUGGGAUUAGGAAAAGGAGGUUCACGCCAUGAUCUCACUGAUGCAGAUUGUCCUCUGUUACGUCAGUGUCGUUGGAGUGAUCCUGACAAACAGCGCUUUGAAUUGAGGUGCAGAGAUGAAGGAGUGAUUAAGAUGUUGUUUGAACUCGAAGGGUACGAAGACGAUUUAGACUACCGAUCCAUUCCCUUAUCAGCCAAGACUCCAUGUACAGAAGCGGUGGAACUGAUUGUCAAGAAGUUUCAGUUGCCUGGGAAGGCUAACGAGUACUAUUUGGUGGAAGUGUCUGAGGAAUGUGAAGAUGAUAGAGAGGAAGUAGCUGAUCACGUAUGCCCUCUGAGACUGCAAAUGGCGUGGAGUGCACCCGAUCACGUGUUCAGGCUUUGUAGACGACCAACAGAUAGUUCAACUGAUGUUAAUGACGAUAAUAAAGAUACAGUUGAUGGAUGGAUGACAGAUGCUACUGAAGAUGCCUCUCAAGAACCAGGCAUUACCUCAGAAGUAUCUUCGGUUCGUGGUGAAGACGAGCUGGAGUUUGCACCUGUCCCAGGAAGUGUAGAAGGGAACGAAAUCAAGGAGGAAAUCAGUGAGGAUUUGAUGGAGGGUUUGAACGAGCUGGAUCAAGUCAUCGACGAGGAAUCCGAGGUGAUCGCUUCUCAGGAGUUAGAGGCUGUCCGUCAUGAGCUUGCCGCCAAAGAAGAGGAGUUGAAAGAGCUGCGUUUACGAAGUGACACGCUUAAUGAGAGAGAGGACGAACUGAUAAGCUUGCGGCGAGAGAAUGAGGAACUCAAAAUGCGAAGCGUAGCGCGCGGCAAGCUGUCAGAGAAGGACGAGUCUUUGGUCGAGAAAGACCGUGCGUUGGAGGAGCUUCGACAAGAGAAUGAAGAAUUGCGGAGAAGAAUUGAUGACCUCGAGGAAAAGCUUAAGAAUGAAACGGCUAUGCGGGAUCGCGAAAUCGAAAGGCUUUACGCUCGAAACAACGAACUUUCGUCCAACGAAAAGGAGCUGGAGAAUUUGAGACAGUUACGCGAUACCUGUGAUUCUCAAGAAAAGGAACUAGAGAAGCUAAGACUUAUGAAUCAAGAGUCCAGCUCUGGUCAAAAUGAGCUUGCUUCGAGACUUGCAGAACUGAAGCAAAAGCACAAUGAAUUGUUAAUGGAGGUAAAUGAAAUGGAGAAAUUGAAGCAAGUUAACCGAGAACUCACUCGCAAAGUUGACGAGGGCGAUAUGUUUCGACAGGAGUUGGAGAAAAGCCAAGCACAGAAGAAAGAGUUGGUUGAGAAGUUGAAGGAGUUAGAGCGCGAGAGAAGAGAAUCCAAAAAAGGUGAAAACGACAGAGUGGAAAACUUGAGACAGAAAAACCUAGAGGUAGCAUCUAAGAGCAAGGACGCAGAGGAGAUGAAAACAAAUAUUAUCAAGUUGACCGCCCAGAUGCGUGAAAUGGAAAAACAGAGCCAAGAGAGGGCGAACAAGCUGCAGAAAGAGCUGGAGGAUGCCGCUUCCGAGAAACAACAGCUGUUGGACAGGAUAGCCGAGUUGGAAGAAAGCGAAAGGAGUCAGGCUCAAAAGAAAGAUGCGGAGAACAACGCAAAGGAGGUUGAGGAUUUAAAACUCGAGAACAUAUUCUUGGUUGAAAGGACGAAAGAAGUCGAUGAACUGAAGUUAGCUGUGGCCAAACUAGCGGCAGAAGCCAAGGAAAACGAGUCCUUUAAACAGAAGUACAAAGAGCUUCGUGAUGUGGAGACUUAUUUAACCAAACAGGUAAGCACCGCAGAAACAAUUGCUCGACAAAAAGACAAGAAGCUGAAGGAAUCAGAAAACAAGAUAAAUACUUUGACUGAAGCUGUAAAAGACAUGGAAGCCAAGCUGGAGGAACAUGAACAAAAUAAGUUAUACCUGGACCAGCUAUUGGCCAUGCUGAAGGACAGGGACCCCACCCUCUUGCACGUCAUCAACACUUCGCUUGCGUCAAGUGAACAAGAGGAAUGGUGCUGAAUGAUGGAGUUGUUUCUGCAGUUCUUUAGAUUGCCUCUUAUGGCACGGACCGGAGUAGUGUUUUUGAAGUUUACCGUCGAGAUGCCAUACACAGAUCUGUUGCUGUUAGAUAGUUUGAAAACAUCAGGUUAGAUCAGAUAGUUAUUUAGGUUACUUACAUUUUGAGGAGCUUGUGUAAUGUUGAUUCAGACUGGUUUCAAGGAUGAUCAGUAUUAAACACACCCGGUUUUAAACGUUUUUUGUUAUCAACGAGGAGACUUAGCUUAAUUUAUCGGUAGGAUGUUGAGACAUUUGUGGAGGAAACAUACUGUCUCAAAAAGCCUCCGUGGCAGUGAAUUUUUUCAACGAAAAUGCCAUUUGAUUCUUAGAUCUAGAUUCGUCUUCUAUUUGAUUUGCAUCCUAAAAUUUUACACGACAUCGUUUUUAACAAAACGCAACUGGUGAACUAUUAAGUAAAUAUAUUACAAAGAGAAAACAUAUUUUUAAAAAUACAUAUUUAAUGAAAACAUCAGUGCCUUUCACAAUAAAAGGUUAUCCUCGUUCAUCUCGGAUUUCCCGAGGGAGGGGAGGGUAUCCAAAAAAACAUUUAUAGACAACAAAUACUCUGGAUAGAGAAAGCAAUAGCCAGAAAAAUACUUCAAAGUUAAUACUCUUAUCAGUUAGAGGUACGGCCGACCGAAAAGCUCAGCUGUGAAAUUUUCAGUGCUGCUCACCACAGCUCUAUAACAAGGAAACAUGUCGGCUGAUUAUCGAAAUGCAAACCAGCGCGAAAACAGUUGCAGUGGUGUUAUUACAUCCCAUUGGUUACACAGUUUGUUCAGAAUCUGUGACAAGGCAGCCCAUGAGAAGAUUGAGACAAUGAAGGAAGAAAAAUCAUUGAAUUCCCUGUCAGAGCCGAUGCUUAUUUGUCGUUUUCAAACACUGGUAUAAAGGUGUUUUGAAAAGUUUAGUUAAUACGGAUUGAAAUUAAGACUGUAAUUUUUUAGUUUGUUAUACAACAAAUUUUAGUCAUUCUUUUUUAAAGAUAUUUUAGAGUGUUAUAUGAAGAUAGCGAUACGCCUAUAUUAUGGGUCACAUUAGAAGGUUUUUAAAGAAGUCAUAUCUUAAUGUAAUAUAGGUCUCGCGCGGAGAUCAUAUCAAGUAAUCGUACGCCAAUUAAACAAAGAG